CUUGGUGGAAUUCUUUAUGGUCAUAGCUGUAGUAAUUCUUAUACAACAAUUGCAAAAAAUGUUAAGUGUGGUAAGACUAUCAUCUAUGAUGUUCUGAAACGAUAUGAUAAAACAGGAUCUGCUAUAGCAAAAAAACAGUCAGGCUGCAAGCCCAUCUUUGGUGCAUUGGAACUAGAUGAACUUAAAAGAAUGGUUAUACAAGAUACUAAACACCAUCAUUUAAGUGCCUAA